UUCAAAACAGACCACGAAAUAGAUGAAGUCGGUUUGUUUAUUGUAGCUCGCUAGCAAACCAUAACUUGUAUUCCAGUAAAAUAGCGAAAAAUUUAGCUAGCUACACUAAAAUAACAUGUCUCAAGUGACUAGAUUACAAAUAGCAAUGGACGCGGAAGAAAUUGUUGCCCAACUUAACAGAAAAGAAUUGCGCAAGCAGCAGUUGAUAGAGUACUUAGCAGCAAAAGGAAGACUGAAGCCACCAAACCCAAAACCUUAUCUUCGAGAUGCCGUUAAAGCAAAGCAGAUCACCAUGUCUACCGUGAAGGAUGAUCUGGACCCGGGAAAAGAGAACCGGGGUCCAAAUGCUCUCAAGAUGAAAAAGAGAGUGGUGAAGGUUCAACCUCUGAUGGCCAACGCCGUUUCCCAAACCACAGGCACCUUCUGCAGUACCACCAACAAACAGAGCUCCGCCAACGGUCUCCUCUCUGCAACAUCGAGUACCGCACGUCUCAACGUGCUCAAAGGCAUUACAAAGCCUUCUGCGGUUGCCCCAAGUCACUCAACCAGCCUGAAGACGGCUCCAGCCAGAUCACAAUCCACUGUCCCUACCAAAAGAUGCCCAGGCACCACCAACCAACCCAGAACCCAGCCUAAUCCAACUGUUAAAGUCGGCAACACACGCCCUAGCUCAGCCAUACCCCUGGCAAACGCUGGUAGAACACAUUCAGCCAACACAACCAGACCAAAGUCUAAUAUUACUGGGAAACCUGCUAACACUCUCAACACAGCCGGCACGCGGCCCAACACAGCCGGCACGCGGCCCAACACAGCCGGCACGCGUCCCAACACAGCCGGCACGCGUCCCAACACAGCCGGCACGCGUCCCAACACAGCCGGCACGCGUCCCAACACAGCCGGCACGCGUCCCAACACAGCCGGCACGCGUCCCAACACAGCCGGCACGCGGCCCAACACAGCCGGCACGCGUCCCAACACAGCCGGCACGCGGCCCAACACAGCCGGCACGCGGCCCAACACAGCCGGCACGCGGCCCAACACAGCCGGCACGCGGCCCAACACAGCCGGCACGCGGCCCAACACAGCCGGCACGCGGCCCAACACCGGUAGUGCCAGAAUGAGUCCGAGCACAAUGGUUAAAACCAAGACAAGUCUUGUGUCUGUCCAGGUGCAGCCUAGAAGCACCACCGUCCCUGCUCCAGCAUCAGUCUCCUUCACCCCCCUGGUCUUGAACAGAGCAUGCCCAAGCACCAGCCCAGUCCCAGCUGUGACCCAAAAGCCACCAGUUACUACUCAGAGGAGAACAAAUCCCUUCACUGGCGUGAGUGAGACUAACCAGAGGACAACCGCCUUGGCUGCGGACAAUGGGCAAAGGAGGAGCCAAGCUGUGAGCAGGACUGAUUCCAAACCACUCCCAGAGAGAUCCAGUAAACCAGCAGGGCAGAAACAACCUGUCACUGGACCUAAACCCAUCAUCCAAGGCCCUACUGGUCCUGGGCACAAGACUGCAGCUACGAAGCCAGGUGAUAUUCAGAGGGCUGGAUCACAGCACAGGGCCGAGGCUAGAGGAGCAGGAGCCAGCACUCGGAUAUGGAAGGCUGCCUCUCGAGCCUCCACCGGGAUAACAGGAAGCCAAUGGCAGAACACGGCUCUGAGUAGGGCCAUGCAUGCAGCUGUGGCUGCGAUGGGACAGAAAAGCAGCGCCGAGGAAAACCGAGACAUGGAGAGCGGGUCGGCAGACACCGACACCAAGAAUGAACCCAAUGCUCCAUCGCCCUCAUCAACAUCUCCGGCGUGUUUGCCUAGGCCUCACAGCAGCACAGCAAGUGGUGUGUGGAUCCCCCAGACGGUGCCUCGCUCUGCCAAAAAGUCCAGCCAUGGCCAGGAGGAGGUGGGGUGGGAGACUGGUGUUGGCCUUAAGACACCCAGAGACCAGGCCAGGGUCGUGCCCAAGACCGAGGGCCGCAGGAAGAUGACAGCUGCCCAGGAAGAGAGAAUGCAGAAGCUCCAGGAAUGGCGUGAGAACAGGGGCAUCUCCUACAAGCGUCCCCCCAUGCCGGUGAGGCCUCCUCGGGUGCGGCGCACCUUGGCCAUUCCUCAGGCUUACUGGGACGGUAUGGAGGAGGAAGUUGAGGCCAGGUCUCUGGUUGAAGCUGUGGACCGGUGCCUGGCUGACUGCAUCAAACUGCUCAAUGAGGGCUGCCAGUCCUCCCAGGUGCAGGAGAUGCUGUCCACUGUGCCCAUGGCCGAGAAGUUCUCCAAGUACUGGAUCUGCCAGGCCCGUCUGAUGGAGCGCCAGGGCAACCUGGAGGUGCUGCCGCUGUUUGAAGAGGCUGUACGAGUGGUGUUAGAGCCAGUAGACGAGCUACGGACUGUUGUGUUUGAGAUGCUGAAGAAGAAGGAAGAGACACAAGGUCAGUCUUCCGUAACAUCGGCGCAGCAGGAUGACUUUAUGGAGCCUCACUCUACACCAGACCCCAUGGCCACACCCACAGCCGUCAAAGCCCUGAUCCGUGGUGACCGAGGAGGCUCGUCUGUGGUCAAGUACAAGAUCACCGCCACUCCAGGUGGUUUCAGGAGCCAGAAGAGGGAGUCGGCGGUGGCCCGCGUGUUGGACGGACAGGAGCUGAGAUUCUUCACGCCCGUCAGGCGCUCUGUGAGGAUCGAGAGGUCCGCGCUCUUCUACCCCGCCUCCCUGCAGGAGCACGACCUAUGUGUGGCCUCCUUCAAUGACCUGAUGGCCCAGGAGGAUGAGAGAGAGGGGAAAGGAGAGAGGGAGGGAGACAAAGAGGGGGGAGGCAGCGCCGGGCCCGUCCCAAACGGCCAUCUGUACGUGUACAGAGAGAACGGUGCGCUGAGAGACAAGGUCAACAUCCAGCUGGUCUACGCUGAGGAAGAAGACUAACGGGCUGUGUCCAAGUAGUGUAAAGUGGCUUCCUCUCCUGCUUUAGCCUGAUCUACCAGUACAGGAAUAGGGAGGUGCUGGAUAUGAUGCCCACUCACCAUCUGGGAAUGUAGCUUACAACUGUCCAGUUAUGUCCUUCAGUGCAUGGUCACAUUCCUUAGUGGCGAGCUGCAGUAAAACAAGGGUGAGUUUGUCAAUCUAAACUUUUCUGUACAGAAUCGUGCAGGAAGAGCCUGUCGAUCCAUCUGUCUGGGGGUAAUGCAUAGAUGGGUUUCCAACUCGACAGUUACUCAUUUGUAUGUCAAACCAAAAGCAUCCAUUGACUUUUUAGAUGGACUUUUGUUUUUUAAUGCAAACUGUGGUAAGGUUUUUUUUAAAGAUUGUACAUACAGUUGAAGUGGGAAGUUUACUUAAGUGUAAGUUGGAGUCAAAAAAACUUGUUUUUCAACCACUCCACAAAAUUCUUGUUAACAAACUAUAGUUUUGGCAAGUCGGUUAGGACAUCUACUUUGUACAUGACACAAGUAAUUUUUCCAACAAUUGUUUACAGGCAUAUUAUUUCACUUAUAAUUCACUGUGUCAGAAGUUUACAUACACUAAGUUAACUGUGCCUUUAAAAAGCUUGGAAAAUUCCAGAAAAUGACGAUGGCUUUAGGAGCUUCUGAUAGGCUAAUUGACAUUGUUUGAGUCAAUUGGAGGUGCACCUGUGGAUGUAUUUCAAGGCCUACCUUCAAACUCCGCCUCCGCUUGACAUCAUGGGAAAAUUGUACAAAUAAAAUAAAAAUUGUAGACCUCCACAAUUCACCCUUUUGAGCAAUUUCCAAACGCCUGAAGGUACCACGUUCAUAUGUACAAACAAUAGUAUGCAAGUAUAAACACCAUGGGACCACGCAGCCGUCAUACCGCUCAGGAAGGAGACGCAUUCUGUCUCCUAGAGAUGAACGUACUUUGGUGCGAGAAGUGUAAUCAAUCCCAGAACAACAGCAAAGGACACUGAUGCUGGAGGAAACAGGUUCAAAAUAUCUAUAUCUACAGUAUAACGUGUACAAUAUAACCUGAAAGGCCGCUCAGCAAGGAAGAAGCCACUGCUCCAAAACCACCAUAAAAAAGCCAGACUACGGUUUGCAACAAAAGCUCAGGACAACUGAGCUUUGGAGGAAUAUGCAGAUUUAAAGAGGCGUCCGUAAUUUGCUUUCUAAUGAUAAUGUUCUUUUCCUCAAAGAAGUUCUUGAAUUUAUCACUGCUGAAGUAAAAGCCAUCCUCUGCUUUUUAGUUAGCUUUGCGACAGUAUCAAAAAUACAUUUCGGAUUGUUCUUAUUUUCCUCAAUUAAGUUGGAAAAAAUAGGAUGAUCGAGCAGCAGUAAGGGCUCUUCGAUACUGCAUGGUACUGUCUUUCCAAGCUAGUCGGACGACUUCCAGUUUGGUGUGGCGCCAUUUCCGUUCCAAUUUUCUGGAAGCUUGCUUCAGAGCUCGGGUAUUUAUGUACCAGGGAGCUAGUUUCUUAUGACAAAUGUUUGUAGGGGUGCAUGCAACUGCCUCUAGGGUAUUGGGCAAGGUUAAAUUGAGUUCCUCAGCUAGGUGGUUAACUGAUUUUUGUCCUCUGACGUCCUUGGGUAGGCAGAGGGAGUCUGGAAGGGCAUCAAGGAAUCUUUGUGUUCUCUGAGAAUUUAUAGCACAACUUUUGAUGCUCCUUGGUUGGGGUCUGAGCAGCUUUUUUGUUGCGAUUGCAAAAGUAAUAAAACGGUGGUCCGAUAGUCCAGGAUUAUGAGGAAUAGCUAAGGGGAUAGCUGAUCUGACUACACUGACUGUGCUAGUGGCAGACUCCACUAUGCUGGCAGGCUGACUAACAGCCUGCUGCCUGGCCUGCACCCUAUUUCAUUGUGGAGCUAGAGGAGUUAAAGCCCUGUCUAUGUUGGUAGAUAAGAUGAGAGCACCCUUCCAGCUUGAAUGGAGUCCGUCACUCCUCAACAGGCCAGGCUUGGUCCUGUUUGUGGGUGAGUCCCAGAAAGGGGGACAAUUAUCUACAAUUUUUUAUCUUUUGGGAGGGGCAGAAAACAGUUUUCAACCAGCAAUUGAUUUGUGAGACUGCUGUAGAGCUCAUCACUCCCCCUAACUGGGAGGGGGCCAGAGACAAUUACUUGAUGCCGACACAUCUUUCUAGCUAAUUUACACGCUGAAGCUAUGUUGCUUGGUGACCUCUGACUGUUUCGUCCGAACAUCGUUGUUGCUGAUGUGGAUAACAAUAUUUCUACACUCGCCAGUUUUAGUUUUAGCCAGCACCAUCUUCAGAUUAGCCUUAACGUCGGUAGCCCUGCCCCUUGGUAAACAAUAUACUGUAUGAUCGCUGGAUGAUUCGUUUUAAGUCUAAUACUGUGGGUAAUGGAAUCGCCAAUGACUAGGGUUUUCAAUUUGUCAGAGCUAAUGGUGGGAGGCUUCGGCGUCUGACCCCGUACUGGGAGGAGUAGAGGCCAGAGAAGGCUUCUGACUCCGACUCGCUGCUUAAUGGCGAGAACCGGUUGAAAGUUUGUCUGCUGAAUAAGUGACAGCGGUUGAGCGUUCCUACAGCAUUUCCCUCCAGAAGCCUUGAGAAAGUUGUCUGGCUGCGGGGACCGUGCCAGGGGAUAUAUAUCACUGUGUGUACUUACUGGUGGCAGUAACACUGUUUCAUCAUUUCCUACACUGAAAUGACCCUUGCCUAACGAAUGGGACAAAAUUCACCCAACUGAUUGUGGGAAGCUUGUGGUAGGCUACCAGAAACAUUUGACCCAAGUUAAACAAUUUAAAGGCAAUGCUACCAAAUACUAAUUGAGUGUAUGUAAACUUCUGACCCAGUGGGAAUGUGAUGAAAGAAAUAAAAGCUGAAAUACAUAAUUCCCUCUGCUAUUAUUCUGACGUUUCACAUUCUUAAAAUAAAGUGGUGAUCCUAACUGACCUAAAAUGGGGUUUUUACUGGAUUAAAUGUCAGUAAUUGUGAAAAACUGAGUUUAAAUGUAUUUGGCUAAGGUGUAUGUAAACUUCCGACUUCAACUGUACCUGCUUUAUUUUUUAAUGUCGUUUUUUUGUAAUUUAGAGGCAUGAAUGAUGUCUGUAUUUAUGUAUAAUAAAUAAUUGACUUUGGUAAUUUCAGUGUCCUCAAUUUUAUAAGUGAACGCAUUUUGUUAGUCCGAACCAGACUUGUGUUUUCACCUCACCAUGAACGAAACCUGGGAAGGAGGCUUGUCCGAACCAGACUAAUUGUCAAACUAUUGAAAUCAAUUAAUUGGAUGUGCUGAAGCAAACAGAAUGAAUGAUGGGGAAUUAUUGGGGCGCCGUGAGCGUGCAGACAUUGCAGAUCCUACAACCAAGAAAGCACAACAGCAUUGCAGCACCAAACUUUUACAACUCAGCAUCUACAAGACCAGGCAACGGAGAAAAUCUACCAUGUCAGGAGAAGAAAUAAUCCACACCACCUACAAGCACAUGGAAGUUACAGGGAAGAUAGCGUCAGUCAGAAAUUCAUUUUCUCUAAACCAACCAGUCAUCAUUGUCAAGGAGAAACAAAAGAAUGAGAAAAUCAAUCAUGAAGUGACCGUCUACCACUUGAAAAGGGAUUCGAAAUCUGUUGGAUUGGCGUUUAGUUUCCGGCAUAAUGAUCAGACAGUUUUCUCUGUUGUCGACGGGGAUGACGUGAAGCUAGAGAUGAAACCAGACGUGAAGGCAGCCUGUUCAGACGAGAAUUGCCUGUUCCAGUGGCAUGAGAAGAUGGGGGAGUGGGGACUCCUGAAAUCUGUGGCGGAACCUCAAAAGUACCUCUGUAUCGUCAACAACAAGGUCACCGUCGGCCCACUGGAAAAGAAGGUUAAAUUUCGGCUGACAUCAAAGUGAAUCAGUACAUUAGACAUCUUGACAGUUGUCUGCAUAGAUAACCGGCUUGUCGCCUUCCGGGGUCAGAAGAAUACUUGUCUUAGUGAAUUAUCCCUUUUAAAUAGGAUGAUAAGCAUCUUUGAUUAUUACAGGCCACUAUUAUAUCUAUGCUUACGUGUAUUUUAGUCGAGCAAAACCGGUUGUGGAAGGUACUACCCUGCUUACAGACACCUGCACACUCAACAUCAAUAUUCAGUACAUAGAGUUUGUCUCAGAAUUUAAUUCUAAAUACAAGUUGAAUUACUUUGUAAAAGGAAUGAUGGGAGAGAGAGAAACACUGUAUAUAGACAUAAUUACAUUUGAAAUGCUUUAAUUAUUUUGGAAAUUUCAGUGUAAAUUUGUUUUUAACUUUUGAUAUUGAUUUCCCUUCCUUUGGCAAUGUGAACAUAUGUUUCCCAGGGGGUGGGAGGGAGAGACUUUUAUUAAAGAAUGUGAAACAAUA